AUGGGAUCCGGUGGCGGUGCCGCCGCCGCCGCAGUCGCCGUGCCACGCAAAGAGAAGCAGCGCUCCGCCGCUGGACACUGGCCGCAGGUGGAAGACGACGGCGUGGCGCCGGCGUCGUCGACCAAGAGGCACGCGCGCAGGGCGUGGUGCUGCGGCGGUGUCAACUUCGUGCUCGCCGCAUUCGUCAUGGUCGUGCCGCCGAUGGUUAUACUCCUCGACGCGCGUGCCAGCUCGCCGGCCGUCUGGAUUAGCUCCGUCAACGUCUUGCGGCGAGGCGACGGAUCGAUCCUCCGCUGGCCGGCGGUGGACGCGCGCGACAAGCUUCUCGGCAGCCUCCUGGCCGACGGAUCGGAGGAGGGGUCAUGCCACAGCAGGUACCAGUCCGCCAUGUACCGUCGGAACGCCGGCAGGGAGCCCUCCGCGCACCUCGUGUCCAAGCUGCGGCGGCACGAGGAGCUGCAGCGGCGGUGCGGCCCGGGCACCGCCGCGUACAGCGACGCCGUGGAGAGCCUGAGGUCGGGCAGGAGCGGCGGCGGCGGCGGCAUUGGGUCGCCGGAGUGCAGAUACCUGGUGUCCAUCUCGUACCGCGGCCUCGGCAACCGGAUCCUCGCUGCCGCGUCGGCGUUCCUGUAUGCGCUGCUCACCGACCGCGUGCUCCUCGUCGACCCCAGCAACGAGAUGGACGAGCUGUUCUGCGAGCCCUUCCCCGGCACGACGUGGCUGUUGCCGCCGGGCUUCCCGCUGACAAACUACACCAGCUUCGGCGUCAGCACCGCCGAGAGCUACGGGAACAUGCUGAAGAACAAGGUGAUCACGACCGGCGACGACGGCGACAUUCCGCCGGCGCGGCUGCCGCCGUUCGCGUACGUCCAUCUCGACCACACGGCCACCGUGGAAGACAAGUUCUUCUUCUGCGACGAGGACCAGAGGGUGAUCCGGAACAUCCCGUGGCUGGUGAUGAGGACGGACAACUACAUCGUGCCGGGGCUGUUCCUGGUCACCGGAUUCCAGCAGGAGCUCGACUCGCUCUUCCCGGAGACGGACGCCGUGUUCCACCACCUCGGCCGGUACCUCUUCCACCCGACCAACCACGUCUGGGGGCUCGUCACGCGCUACUACGACGCCUACCUCGCGACGGCGCAGCAGCGAGUCGGCAUCCAGGUGCGCGUGUUCGGCCGCCAGCCGGAGUCGCCGGAGCUGCUGGAGCAGAUCACCGCGUGCACGCAGAAGGCGAACCUUCUCCCCGAAGUGAUCGCCGCCGGAGAGCCCCUCGUCGCGCCGGCGUCCGCGCGCCGGAAGUCCACGGCCGUCCUCGUCACCUCGCUCAAGUCGUGGUACUACGAGAGGAUGAAGAGCAUGUACUGGGAGCACGCGGCGGCCGGCGCCGGCGAGGCGGUGAGCGUGCACCAGCCGAGCCACGAGGAGUUCCAGCAGUUCGGCGCCGGGUCGCACGACGCCAAGGCGUGGGCGGAGAUGUACCUGCUCAGCCUCACCGACGCGCUGGUGACCAGCGGGUGGUCGACGUUCGGGUACGUGGCGCAGGGGCUCGGCGGGCUGACGCCGUGGGUGAUGCACAAGCCGGCGAACGACUCCGCGUCCGCGGCGGCGGCCGACCGGCCGUCGCCGUGCCGGCGGGACGUGUCCAUGGAGCCGUGCUUCCACGCGCCGCCGUUCUACGACUGCAGGCUGAAGCGGGGCGCCGACACGGGGAAGAUUGUGCCGCACGUCCGCCAUUGCCAAGACGUGCAGUGGGGUUUGAAGCUCGUUCGUACGUCGUGGUGAAUAAAGUCAGUUUUUGUAGGUUGUCACGGUGUCACCCCACCCGCAUGUUGUACACUUGUAUGUUAGCAGCAUCCAUGCAAAAUGAAGUGGAUAGAAACGUUGACAGG